CUGGGAAACACUGAAGCGACGGUUUCAUUCGAGCAAAGGGAUCGUGUGCCUGUGUGGAUGUUCAGAAACACAGAGCAAUGUAGUUCAGUUCAGUUCAGUCCGGACGGCAGCGUGAAGUCAUGGGUUCAGAGGCGGUAGAGGACUGCGUGCAGGGGGCGCUAUCUUCCCUCUACCCUCCUUUUGAAAGCACCGCUCCUCCUCUCCUCUCUCAGGUGUUCUCCGUACUCGAGUCCACCUAUCAGCACGACAGCUUGAGAUAUCUGCUGGAUUUCUUCAUUCCUGCCAAACACCUUCUGCACAGAUUACAGCAGCAUGCGUGUUCACAGUAUCUGGGCUGUCUCUUCUUGCACUCUGGUUGGCCACUGUGUUUGGGAGAGAAGGUAGUAGUACAACUCUGUACUUUGGACUGGAGACUCCUGCAUAGUACUGACUUCUACCUACAGGUGGUCCCCUUCUCGACGCGUUGUCCUCGCCUUGCUCUUAAGUGCCUUGCACCCGGUGGGAGGAACGUACAGGAGGUCUUAGUGCCAGAGUCACAGCAUCCGCUGGUGUUUACUUCAGAGUGGCUACACUGCAUCAACAAGGAGCGUGGCUGCAAGAGAGAAGGUGGAGGACGUUUGGACACUUGUCUGGUGAGUACAUGUGACGGAGUGGUCCGUAUUCCAUGGGAAGAGGUGGUCUAUCCCAAACUCCUCCACAAUCCAUCCGAUCCUCUCCAAGACAAUCCUGAUCGAACUGACUUGUCAUCAGGGGGUUUGGGCCUUGGUUGGGGCAGCUCUUCAGGAGAGCAUGAUUCCUGGUCCUGGGAUGAAGAGGAUGACUUGCCUCCAGAUGGGAAUGAGGCGGAAAUUGAGGCUGCAUUAGAAUCCCUGCGCAGAAGCAGUGAUGACCAUCUUGUAGCUGAUGGUGCUGGAGAUUAUGUUGAACUGCUAGAGCCCAGAGGAGGCCCAGAUGGUGGUGCUGAUCCCAAACAGUGCUACCUGGAGAUGCAUGGAAUAUGUAAGACCAAAACAUUGCCCCUGUGUAGGAGGGGUAAAGCAAUACGAUUACGGAAGGGGAAGGGGAGAGGGUAUGGGAAGACUGAACCUGGUGCUAGGGCUGGAAGUCUGGUACGAAGGGAUAGCAACAACAACGGUAAGGAUGGAUUAGUUUCCUGUAGUGACUUGGCUGCCUCAAGGCCCUUGCCUCGUGUCAUUGAUUUGGGUCGCCAAAGAAGGACACAUUCCCCUUCAUUCCAGUACUCUGAUAAAGAUGCUAGAGACCCAGUAGGUCUCGAAUGCAGAUCUCAUUGUAUGGACAGUCUGGCAAAAGAGAGGAGGCCAGGGGUAGGAAAAGAGAGAGAUGGGAAUGGGGGUACACUGCCCUGGGAGGAGUGUCAGAGAAAGAAAUGUUCCAGCAGGCGAUGUUCCACAGAUGAUAAUGAUGUGGCUAAGAGCAAAGCAGACAAUCUGGAAGAGGGACAACAGGACCACAAUCAAAGAUUGCACUGUGGCUGUGAUGACAAAAUAUUGGCCAGCACUUUAGACAGUAGACAUGAGGUUGCAACGUUAGCAAAUCCCUCCAAUGCUGCAGAUAAUGGAGCUGUCUCGUUGGCUGUUUAUGGAGAAAAAAAAGACAUAAACAAGAAAUUGGCUGGAGAAUCUAGGACACUGACAAUGUCUCUCCAAGAUUCUUCCCUGAAAAAUGCAUCUGAUUCAUCAGGUUGUUCACAAAGCAGAACCAAGCACUCAGACAAUACCAGUAAAGAGAAAACAGAUACAAUUUUGCCACCAUCAGGUACUGUAAGCGCCACACAAGAAAAGUGUCCUGGAAAGUCGGAUAACUUUGUUUGUCCUAGAGGAAAAGAAGUAAAAACAGGUGGAUUUAGAGCACCCAGGAGGAAAAGGAAAGCCAAAGGAGGCAAAGGGAAGGCCAAAUCCAAUGGCCGUGUACAACAUAAAGGCAAAGGUGACUCAAAAAACCCAACCAAAGCCACCCAACCAAUCAGCCAUUCUAGCCAAUCAGAGGAGGCUCCUAAGUUAUCCAAAGAUUGCAAAGGCUGUGUAUCAGCCUCUGACACAGAAACAGAUGCAAAGUCAAAAGAUGGAGAAAGUCAGUCUGGCACAUCCUUUCCUGACCAUUCCCAAAAUGAGAUAGGAUUACCCGAAUCUGCUGCGCACUUAAAAUCCAAAUCUCCACCUCCUCAUCUUAGAGACCUAGAUUUCAAUCUUCUGCAGACAGGAAAGCUCAAAUUAACAGGUACUAUGGACCGACUGGGACGAGCAUUGGUUAUCACACAAGGUCACCUCCCAGAGGAUGGAUGGAACACAGAUGAAAUUAUAAAAGUGCUGUCCUGCUAUUACACCAUCACCAGACCUAUGGCCAGAGAGAAGGGUCUUACUGUCAUAGUGGACAGCAGAAGGUCUGCCACGUCUGAACUCUGUCUCUCUGCACUGAAGCUCUUCAAGGGACAGGCAGCAACAGGGCUUGACUCAGUUCUUAUCCUAACUGAGGAACAAGAUAAAUCGACCCAACCGUGUCUGGAUGGAAUAGAGGUGCAUACAGUACGAGGUACGGACAUCCUUCAGCAGUUUGUGGACAAGCAGCAGUUGCCCAAAGAAAUGGAUGGAGACUUUAACCACUCACAUGAUGACUGGCUCACUUUUAGACUGAGUUUGGAGCAGCUGACUGAGCGCUGUGAGAGCGCCCUCACCCUGCUGGGAGACGCACUGCAGUCUAUGAACACAGAACCACUACCUGACUGCAUUAAGAAUGUUACCCUCAGCGUCGACAAACACAGGCAGUUAAUGACAGGCAUCCUCACUGACCAACGGCUGACAGAGCUGCAGCAGAGGGGUGGGACUUGGCUGGCAGGUCUGGCCAAUGGGACUCCAGGGCUGGCACAGAAAUCCCCAGACUGCAAGGCUGCUCUGGCAGUGACCUCUAACCUGUAUGACAGUGUGGAUGAUGCGCUUCACCGGCUGGUGCGUGUGUCCAAUCAGAGGGGUCGUGACCUGGAAGCACUGGGGAGAUUGGCUACACUUGUGGAUAAAUUGGACAAGUGUGACAGAAACAUAGAGCACGUACAGCAGCAGCUCGAGGACUAUAAACAUCCUCCUCUGUCUCUCAGCAGACUGUCACUCAAACAGCACAAGUUCAGGAGCUUCAGAGAGUCUGCGAUGGAGCUUCACAGUGAGACUCUGGUGUUGCUGGGAGAGGUGGAGAACUGGUCUGAGCUGGAUUGGCCCAGUCUCAGAGCCGUGCUGGACAAACUCCCUCCAAUAAGGGAAAAAGUGCGAGACAUGUCUCACUGUCUGUCAGACUGCUGGACACAGCUGGACAACACACAGCGACUGCUGUCUACACUUACUGAAGCGUCUCAGUGGUGUGAUGUGGUGUCAUCCUCGUCUCCUUCCUCUUCCUCGUCCUCCCCUCUCUCCUCUCUCCCUCCCAUCCCUCCAUCACGUUUCCAGGAUGCUCGCGCUCUUGCGCUGGAUCUGGGCGGUGGGGCUUUGCUGGACCUCUGGUCCCAGACUCUGGAGCGCUAUCAGAAAACUCUGGCUCAGUUUAAGAGCCGAAUCCUGCAGGCGGAAAGAGGCUCCUCAAUGGCCCAGGGUCAGGAGCCAGACUCCGGGGGACGAGGGAGGACCCCUGCCCCCAGCACGUCCAGCCUGGGGGAUUUAGAGGGGGAGGUUGAGCCGGACUGGUGCCCUGGAGGUGGAGAGGUGGGCCUGCAGUCCUGGGGUUCACUGGCGUCUCUCUUUCGGCCACAAAACUGCUCAACACUCAAGAUUGGUGAGGAAAAGAAGAAAGAGGGGGUGAAUCCAGGAGGGGGGAAGUUUCUACAAAAUCUGCUGCACCCAGCCAAGAAAAAUUCAAAGCUGUCUUCUUCUCUUGUUCCUGCUCCUCCGUUUCCUCAGUGUCUCUCCACUCCGGUUCAGAGACUGGAGCAGUACUGCCAGACACUGGAGGAACUGGGCGGUCUCAACCCCACCUCUGACUCCGCCCUCUCCAUCCUAAAACACGCCCAGCGGCUUGGAGAGGAUCUGCGAGCCAGUGAUCUCAUCACAGGGUGUCCGAUCCCCGUGGCGGAGCGUGGAGAUCUGGUGCGUCAGGGUGAGCUGUGUGUUUGCGGUGGAGGCCGACGGAAGAAAACGGGAAUCAGAAACAUCUUCCUCUAUCAGAACUAUGUCAUCUUCACCAAACACAAAACACCCAACCAGGGAUGCAGUGUGUACAGCUUCAAACACAGCAUCAAGACGGGUGAGAUGGGUCUCACUCAGAGCGUGGGCGAGGAUGGACUGAGGUUUGAGGUGUGGGUGAGACACGCGUCCCGCACCAGAGACUGUCUCACUCUCCAGGCCUCCAGCGUGCAGGAGAGACAAACCUGGAGCCACGACAUCGCACAGCUGCUCUGGACUCACGCCAUCCACAACACGGAGUUGUGUCUGAAGGAGUCUCUGUGUAUGGGAGUUUCCAGUAAGCUGCUACUGGAUGUGACGGGAGCUCAACUUUCAGACCUGGACUCCAGCUUCAGCCUGAAUGACAGAGUUCAGAGCAGUUGUUCAGAUUCAUCUUCUGUGGGCAGCAUGAAAGAGGGCGACUCACCCGCCUCUGCGAGAGAUUCAAAGAGAAACGGCGAGCAAACGGGUCACACUCAGAGCUCCUCACCCUCCACCUCUGUGUGAAUCAUUUCAACUCAUAAUACAAGUCUUAAAAAUAAUACACACUUUUCCUGCUGUUUCUUUAACCAAAAUCUCUGCCACAUAUUUACGACUGGGACAACUGGACACAAACUGGAUCCUGAGACGCACACAGCCGUGUAAAUACAGUAUUGCAGAAGACUGGAGGAGCCGUCUCACUUCUUAUCAUUUCAGUUGCUCUUGAUAAUUGACUUUCAGGUAGUGAAUCAAAGUUGAUUCAACGUCUCAGGCCCAUCACACACAUCAGAGACUAAAAAAAAGAUGACUUUAAAGUCAACAUGAAAUCAAAAUUCACUGAAAAUGUAUUCACUU